AUGUCUAACAUCAUCAACAUCGAGCACGACCGCGUCUCGAACACAACGGCCACGGACUUCCCCGGGUACUCUGCAAACGGCGAGCAUGCGUGGGACCUGGCCGAGUUCAAACGGCAGUUCAAGCUGGACAUCUCGUACAUCACGUCCAGAACUGCGAAUUUCGACCUUGUGGGUGUGGAUUCGUCGGUGGCCAACGCUUUCCGGCGGAUCAUGAUCGCAGAGGUGCCCUCGGUGGCGGCCGAGUACGUGUACAUCUUCAACAACACGUCUGUGAUCCAGGACGAGGUGUUGGCGCACAGAAUCGGGCUUGUGCCUUUAAAGGUGGACCCGGACAUGUUGACGUGGAUCGACCCGAACGCAGAGGAAGAGGACAAGUUCACCGACGAGAACACCGUGGUGUUGUCGCUGGACGUCGCAUGCACCAGAAACCCAGACGCGGUGCCGGGAAACAACGACCCUGAGAACCUGUACCGGAACUCCAACGUCUACGCCAGAGACCUCAAGUUCGAGCCAAACGGCCGCCAGGUGACGCAGUUUGCCAGCACGCCUGUUGUGCCGUGCGACCCGGACAUUCUGAUCGCCAAGCUGCGGCCAAACCAGGAGAUCUCGCUGCGUGUGCACUGUGUUCUGGGCAUUGGGGCCGACCACGCCAAGUUCUCGCCAGUGAGCACGGCCUCAUACAGACUGCUGCCCACGAUCGACAUCAAGCAGCCCAUCACGGGCGCGGACGCGGUCAAGUUCCAGAAAUGCUUCCCGUCCGGCGUGAUAGGCAUCGACUCGAACGGCUCCGCGUACGUUGCGGACGCCAGAAAGGACACUGUUUCCAGAGAGGUGCUCAGACACAAGGAGUUCGACGGAAAGGUCAAGCUGGGCCGCAAGAGAGACCAUUUCAUCUUCAACGUGGAGUCCACGGGCGCCAUGCCCCCAGAAGAGAUUUUUUACAAGUCGAUCCGCGUGCUCAAGACCAAGGCCGAGUACCUGCGCAGCUGUCCUAUCGGCAAUCUGUAG